GGGAGAAAAAGGCAACGGUCUUUUCGCUUCAGUCAUCUCUCUCUCUCUCUCUCACAAACACAUACUGUGACGCUCUCGCCUUCUCUCUCUGUGAGCUCAAAUGGAUCGUUGCUCGGCAGCUCUUUCCAUAGUGCUCGCCCUGCUCUCGGCCUACACUUGGACAGGCGGCGAUGCUGCCCCACCGUCCCCGUCGCCGACCGCCGCUCGCGGCUCCACGCUCGACCCCCGCCAGCUCACGGCGCUCCAGUCCAUGGGGUUUCCCACCGUCGGCGACCCAUGCGCCGCCCCCUCCCCCCGCGACAACGCCACCGCCUGCGACGACGAUGCCCCCUUCCGUCACCUCGUCUCCCUCCGCCUCACCAACUGCUCCCCGGACCUCGACCUCACCACCACCGCUCUCUAUGCCCUCUCCACCCUCCGCUCCCUCGCCUUCCUCCGCUGCCCCAUCCCCGCCCCGAGGCACUUCCCGAGCGACCUCGUCGCCUCUCUUCGCUCCUUCUCCUGCGCCGCGUCCCUCCGCCGCCUUACCGGCGUCUGGCUCUCUCGCCUCCAGAACCUCACCGACCUCACCGUCAUCGGCGUUCCCGUGGCCGCCAGCGGCCCUGCCAUCAUCCUCUCUCACAUGCGCCACCUCCGUUCCGCCAGCAUCGCCUCCACGAACCUCUCCGGCAGCGUCCCCCACCACUGGCACGCUCUCGACCUCGUCCACCUCAACCUUUCCUCCAACCACCUCAAGGGCCCCGUCCCGAGCUCCAUCUCCGUGCUUGGCUCCCUCCAGACCCUCGACCUCAGCUCCAAUGCGCUCACCGGAACCCUCCCCGACUCCAUCGGCGACCUCGCCGCCCUCAAAAGCGCAUCUUUCGCCCACAAUUCGCUGUCCGGACCCAUCCCCGUCUCAAUGUCGCAGCUCACGCUGCUCGUCCACCUGGAUCUGAGCUCGAAUCAGUUCAACGGAAGCAUUCCAAGGUCGCUAUCCAAGUUGAAAGGCUUAAAGUUCCUGAACUUAGAGAACAACAACUUCCAGGGAGUGCUCCCCUUCGAUGCGUCCUUCCUGCAAAAGCUCGAGGUCUUUAAGGUGGGCGGCAACAGCAACCUCUGCUACAACCACACUCUGCUUUCUCACAAGCUCAAGCUCGGCAUCGCCCCCUGCGACAAGUACGGGUUGCCAGUGUCGCCGCCCCCGGACCGCUCCACUCGGGCGGACACGUCUGACUACUCCGACAACGGCGGCGGCGACGACGUAGUUGCAGAUAGAAAGAGCAGCGGCGGAGGCCACCACGGGCCGAGCAAGCUUGUGCUUGGGGUGGCCAUUGGGCUGUCCUGCUUUGUUUUCUUGGUCAUCUUCCUCGUCUGCCUCUCCAAGCUAUGCGGCUGAAAGCACAAGAACGUCGAUCUCGGGUGCAAACUUUCCUCGUUAUUUACGAGUCUUUUCAAUCUAAUUCACCGAAGGUCGAAAAAGAAGAUGUCUUUGUCGAUGGUGAGAGUUUUGGAAGGAGAUGUUAGCUGGAGCACAUGUUUGCCACAUAGAUUUGUUUCCUGUUUGCAGAUUCGUUGCACUUCCUGAGUUAAUGAGGCGAACUGCUGGAGUUGUCCUUUCCAGUGUUUAUCACUACAUUUUGGUGCUUGCAACUAUUUAUAACAAUUUCCUUUCUUCCU